UUCUAUGCUCCAUAUACCAUGUGGCUAAAAUGAGAAACUUUUUCGAAUGAGCCUGCCCUGCUGCGGACGCCAGCCAACCAGGAGGCGGCGCGCCUUGUGGUGGCUCGCACAAUAAAACCACAGAAUAUGUUUGUCUACGGCCAGAGCAGAUGGGAACCGUGGGCAGUGGGAAGUUGAGAGUGCGACAGAGAGGGAUGCAUCGCGACGAAAGAGAGGCAGGAUGAGAGAGAGACAGAGAAAGAGAGGCCGUGGCAUAAGGGUGUCCGCGUGCUCUCCGGCAGAGGCAGAAUCUGAACAGACUCCGUGCAGAAUCCAGACAGAUGGGCCGAAUGCCGCGAGUGUGCGGAGAGUUCUCCCAAUUUGAAUGGGACAAUAUGAGAAUACGAGAAUAUCAACUGGACUGACUCGGGUGGUGGCAAGUUGCAAGUCGCAAGUGGCAAGUGGCGGGUACUUAAAGGAGGAACAGAUUGCGGGCGGGCAGCAGUCGAAGCUGGAAAUUCGAAUCGAACAGAACGGAACGGAACGAAGUCCAGACCCAGUGAGAAACGAGAAUCGUAACGAGUUUAAAGCCAACUGAAGAUGAAUUUGCUCAUGGAUAGCCUGCCGUCGCAUGCGAAUCCUGGCUCGCGUCGCUCCACGCCGCCACAGCACACGGAGCUGAGGAUUUCCACAUCCUCGCCGCACCACAACCAGCAGCAGAACCAACAACAGCACCUGCAGCAAAACCAUACACAGCAGCAACAGCAGCAACAUCACCAACACCAGCUCCAGCAGACAUCCAAUCUAAACAACAACAACAAUGAGACACCCACAUCGCCACCUGGUGGCAAGACCACACUCAAGCGCGCCUUUGACGUGGCCUUUCUGAUGAUGCCCGACGAACGCAUCAAGCAGAAGCAGGCCGAGAAACAGGCCCGUCUCCAGGAGGCACUGCAGCAGCACCACCAACACCACCAACAGCUGCAGCUCCAGCAGCAGCAGCAGCAGCAGAUGAACCACUAUCCCACAGAUUUGUCACCGCGUGGAGCUUCGUCGCAGCCACCAUCGCCGGCGGCCAUGGAGUACAUCAGCCUGCUGGAGGCUCGUCAACGUUAUCCCCAGCUGAGCAUCCGCUCGCCGCGGGUGUACGAUGAUCCCACACUGGUCAUCCCGCUGGUGGAUUCUCCAGAGGCCACGGCCACUGCCUCGCCACCGCCGCCAAUGCGCAGCGCCUUUACCAAGGUGGCCUCCUCGUCGUUGUCCACAUCCUCGUCGCCUUCGACCACAUCGCGCCUGGAGUCGCCCGUGGAUGUGGGCGCCCCUCCAUUGAGCCCGGAUCAACUGAGCUGCCACUCGAUGAGUCCGCCGCUGGUGACGCCACCGCCGCGCACCAACAGCGGUGGCAGUGUGGGAAGUGUGGGUCCGCCGCAUGUCGCCAAUGCCAUGCCACCCAAUCCCAUUGUGUACCACAACUUUCGGCCAGAGUACCAGUUCAACGCCUUCCAGGCGGUGAAUCCCAUGCAGGCGCUACAGGCACAGCAUCGACUGAAGCAGCACCUUCUCUACACGCGUCCGCCGGGACCGGGAUGCCAUCCAAAUGGUGGAGGAGGAGGACCGGGGACGCCCUCGUCGCCACCGUCAGGUCCGCCAGCGGAGUUUCUGCACGCCGCCUAUCCAGGAUUCGGACCGCCACCGCAUCCAUUCGCUGUGUCCCAGCCCCUGCAGAAUCCGGCAGCAGCUGCCAUUCUCUCCACGCUGAUCCCACCCACACUGGCCUCCACCUUCACCCUGACCGCCCAGAACGUGUGCGCCAAGUGCAACAUUAGUUUCAGGAUGACCAGCGAUCUGGUCUACCACAUGCGUUCCCACCACAAGAGCGAGGUGGCCUGCGAUCCCAAUCGCCGCAAGCGCGAGGAGAAGCUGAGGUGCCCCGUCUGCCAGGAGACUUUCCGCGAGCGGCAUCAUCUCACCAGGCACAUGACGGCCCACCAGGACAAGGCCAGUGACCAUCAGCCGCAGCUGGAGGAGUCCAGCGACAACGAGAUUAUCAAUGUGGUUGGAGGCACACCGCCCGGACGACGGAUGGGCGGUGUGCCCAAAUGAUCGAAGCAUUUCUUCGGAUACUUUUAAGAACCCUGCCCCCAAUCCACCCAACAAGUCAUCGUUUUUGUGCCCGUAAUGCCCAUUCUCUAUUGUGAUAUUAAUUUUAGUUUUUCCCCCUGGACUUUCUGUUUUCUUUAGCCUUAAAUGUAGUGCAAUUUGUAUCUUAAAUAACCCCUCCCUCUAUGUCUAUUAAUGCUCAGUCUUUGCGGGAACCGAAAAGUUCUCUGGCUCAACUCAUUGUAAAAUAUUAGAAAUAAGUUGCAGAUCUGCUAAUCUUAGCAUUCAAUGUGUGGCUGAAUGUUUCAAUA